UUUGAUUUGUAUAGUGUGAAGAAAUAAUGGGGACUGUUUCCUCAUAGUGUAUCUACUGCGUCUAGUUUCAUCACAGUGUGGACAAUGUGGAUACAAUGGAGACAUAAUGGUUGCUCUGUAGCAACAUUAUGGGGACGCUGUGGAGAUCUUGUGGCAGUGCCAUUGAGAUAAAGUGCAAACAUUAUUAGGACACUGUUGAGCCAUUGUGAUGGUAUAACGGAGAAUGGAGCUCUUGUUGGGACUUUGUUGAGACACUUUUGGGGGACAUUGUGGAUAGGAUGUCUGAAUUUGGUCUUAGGCAUGCUGCAGGUGAUAGAUGAAAGGACUGAAAGCCAUAUUGGAUGCAACCUGACAUAUAACACUCUUAGGUUGUAAGUGUUUGUAUUUGUGGCUAUGAAAGUGCCUCCCUUCCUCGUCCUUUUUCAUUUUGCUCAUCAACAAUCUACACCGAGUUGACACUUUAGGUGAUGGCGGUCCCCGGCGAAGACGCUUUAAACGUGAAUCUUGUGCAAACACGAUCCAUUAUCGUGCUUUCGGACACGAGUCAACCAUGGACUCUUUCAGCACAAAAAGCUUGGCCCUCCAGGCGCAAAAGAAACUAAUGAGCAAGAUGGCUACCAAGAGCAUGGCUAACCUUUUCAUCGACGACACCAGCAGCGAAGUGUUGGACGAGCUCUACCGGGUCACUAAGGAGUACACUCGCAACCGUAAAGAGUCCCAGAAGAUCAUCAAGAACCUGAUCAAGAUGGUUGUGAAGUUGGGCGUGCUUUAUAGGAACAAUCAGUUCAGUGGUGAGGAGUUGAUCCUUGUGGAGAACUUCAGGAAGAAAGUCCACACUCUGGCCAUGACGGCGGUCAGUUUCCACCAAAUCGACUUCACCUUUGACCGCCGCGUCAUGAGCGCCUUGUUGAACGACUGCCGCGAGCUGCUGCACCAGGCCAUCAAACGUCACCUGACGGCCAAAAGCCACACGCGCGUCAACCACAUCUUCAAUCACUUUGCCGACUGCGACUUCCUGGCCGCUCUCUACGGGCCCUCCGAGGUUUAUCGAGCUUACCUGCAGAGGAUCUGCAGCGGCGUCAACAAGAUGCUCGACGAGGGAAACCUUUGACCUCUGCUUGAGUCCCCUCCCAUCUUAAAAGGAUAUUUUGAGUUCAAGGUGACAAUCGUGAACUUUUCUCGGUGUUUUUAUGUGUGCCUCAAAGAUUAUCAUAACACUGAAGUGCUCUUUUUUUUUUUUAACCCUGUCUUUAUAUUUUUUCUCUUUUGCUUUUUUUUGUCUCAAAGCAAGCAAAUCCCAUACAAGUGAAUGUAAAACAAAACCGUAUAGAAACCUUCCAACUCGUUCCAAGGGCACAAUGCUUGAGAAGUGAAUCCCAGUUUUAUCUUAGUAAACAAUGACUUGCAGUGGAAACAAAUGUCUUUACCAUUUCCAAAUAGACAGCAAAGCUUUUUUUUUUUUUAUAUAUAUUUUUAAACUUCUAUUGCACUCAAGCCUGAAUAAGCGCUGUACUGUACUUUUUUUCCUGCAUCAAUGCAACUAUGUGAACCAGAGCAGAUUAAUCCUGCUUAGCUUGCAUUUCAAAUAUCGAAACAUCUUAACGUCAUAGUGAGGCUGGGCUUUUUGUUCCAAAGUCAUCAAUAAAGCUGCUGCUUUUUUAAUAUAUAUAUUUUUUAAUAAAACAGUCUGGUUCCUCGCCAGCACAACAACGAAGUAUUUGGGUCAUAUGGGACCUGGAAUUUAGGGAAUCGGUGUUUAUGUUGUCUACUGCGCUGACUCGCAUGUUUUUAAGUGAGUCAACACUAAGAGACUCCAUGACGACAGUAUCUUCACUUCUGCUACCUGCGUUGGCUAAUGUGAAAUCAUAAUAGUAACAAAAGGCAAAAGUCUUAUUAAUCAAUUUUUAUUGAGUCUAAAUAAAGGUGACUACUUACUUUUCCCAAAACAAUAUUCUCUUAACGGUCGUAGCUAAACACAAAUCCUCCUGACACUGUUUUGGUAACCAUGCUAAAUUUGCGUGUUUGUUGAAUGCUCUCGAGGCAUACUGUUAAAAAUGGCACUAUAUGUGACUAAAAAAACAAAAAUCAUAAAUGAGUGACGAAUUGCUCUCUGGCUGAAAACACAUAUUUCAUCCAAUGUAUGAUGAGACUUGCUCGUGGACUGUUUUGCUAACCAGGCUAAAAGUGCAUUUCUUUUGGUUGGUUGCUAUAGAAACAUACGAGCAGUUUUAUGUGGGGUGUUUGAUCUGAAGUGCACAGAUGUAAUUGUGGCGACAAGCACUUAGCUUAAAAGCAAACCUAGAAAUUGUUUGCUAGCUUAGCCAAAUAGCUCACGAUAACAGCAACCUGAUCCAAUUAUAACAUAUUUUUAAUCCCCAAUCUACAUUUGGCAAUACAGGUGGAAAAAGUGAAGAAGUAGUGGUCUGACGCAUGUCGUCAUGGCAUAAUAGCGACAGCGCCGCAUGCUAUCUGGUGCGAAGCUUGGAAGCAUGCAGCCUAAUGAAGAUAAUGGACCCGCCACGAUUCCAAAGAAAUGAGCCGAGAGGAAAGCUGCGUGAUGAAAAGGCUGGUUGG